GAAAAUCUAAUGAUAGUACGUACCUGGAUGAUACAAUCAAAUCUGAAGAAAUUGCGCUUAGUAUUUCGAAUUUGGACAUGAAAGCUUCUCCAGAUAUGCGUCCAGAACUGGACAAGUUUAAAGACUCACCGGAAAAAGGAAACGUUGGCAAAUCUAAUGAUAAUACGUAUCUAGAUGAUACAAGUAAACUAGACAGAAUCAUGCUUAAAAUCUCUAAUUUGAACACUUGUUCAAAUGACGAUUCUGAAAAGUUAUUGAAAGCAAUACGAACCAUAAUACAAACUCUAUUUAAACCUGUGGAUGAAUUAUUUAUGGAAUACUUCUUGAACACAGGAAUAAGGAUAUUACCUCAAUCACGUGAUGCGA